AUGGCCGGGCGGCCUCCAUCUCCGGGAGACGACGCUACACCCUUUCUGUUGAGAGUCUACGUCAAACCAGCUCCCUUCAGACCUCUAGAGCACUUUCAUCCGGAUGCACGCCCUCUUCGAGAUGAGUUCAAGCUAUACGUUUGGAAGACCAUCACGCUGAGAGAGGUGACACACAUGCUCUACGAUGCAGAUCCUGCCGUCUCUUCGCCCCUCUCGUUACAUGCCUUCAGACACGUCUUCUGGAACGACCGGCUGCACGAAUUCGAUUCCAGGCCCGUCGGCGUCGGGAUUACCCGCGUGCCUUUAGCUAGCAUAACGACCCUUCUGUCGGAACUGGACUCCGAGCAGGGCAGCAUGGACGUGGAUCAGGCUGAUGGACGCCAUCAGGUCGAGAAUGAAACGAUGGCAAAGCAACUCGGCUGGGAUCUAUUGCAAGACGAAAUCGACGAAGACGCAGCCGGCAUUGUGCUCUCUGACCUUGGUCUCGCUGAUGGAGACCUGCUCGAUUGCGUUAUCAAGCCAGAUCCCAGCUUGGCCAUGGCACCCAAGCAGCCAAGAGCAACGGGACGGGAUAGAGCAGCCGACCAUUUCGCUCCCCCGCGGCGCUGA